AUGUCCGAUCGAAGUUCUAUCGUGCCUAAUAAUGUUUUUUAUUUUGAAAAUGAUGAAUUUUUUGAAUUUGUGAGAUCUUUUUCUGGCGAAAAACUGGCUAUUCUUCUACAGUUUCAAGAAAUUACUAAUGUACAAUGUUUUCUCGAUUGUGAUGACCCUUUUGAAAUUUUAUCGUUCGACUCAGAUGAUUUACUUGAUUUAAAAAAGAAAUUGUGUGUUAAAUUGAAUAAUAAUUCGUUUGCUAUUUUACCUGGAAUCAAGAGCAAAAUGAAGCUUUUAAAAAAUGCAUUGACAAAAAAACGAAAUCAAUUUAGAAGAGAAUCAUCAAAAACAGCUCCAGAUAUCGUUGCAAUAAAUAAUCCACAAUCAAUUAUUUUGACAGCUGAAAAUCUUACGUAUUCUUCAAACUCGUUUGCUCAGCCACCAGUAAACAUUUCUUCGUCUUCAGCUGUUACUUUAAAUAUCAAUGACGAACAAAAACAGCACAUAAUUCAUUUACUCAACGAAUGGUGUGAAAAAAUCAAAGAAGAUAGCAGCCAACAACAUAUUAAACUUAAAGAAGGUGUUGACUAUGAACUCAUUGUAGAUUGUAUGUCAAAUAAAGCACUGAUCAAAUGUCAAUGCGGCACAAGUACAACGUUAGGCAAAAAAAAUAAUAUUUAUAUCUUGUCAAAUUUCAUUCGACAUAUAACGAAACCCAAUCCAUGUGUUAUGAUUCAACAAAAGGCGAAAGAUACUAGUGACACUAUGGUUCAAAUUUUUUUUUCUAGUAACGGCAAUUCAAACACGUCUGAUGAUCCAAUAAUCAGUGCUGUAUCAAAUUCGACCCCAUCUAGUCAAACAAUAUCUGGAAAACGAAAACAAAAUCCAAUAUCUCGAUUGUCAAAGAAGAAAAAAUUAUGA